GGGGUUCAGCAGUCUUAAGCUGUUAAGGAGCCUUUUGACCUAGACUUGGUGCUCCGGUACCGCUUGCCGUGCGGUAGCAGAGAGAACAGUCUAUGACUUGGUUGACUGGAGUCUUUGACAAUUGUUUGGGCCUUCUUCUGACACCGCCUAGUAUAUGGGUCCUGGAUGGCAGGAAGCUUGGCACCAGUGAUGCAGUUGGCCAUACGGACUACCCUCUGUAGCGCCUUACGGUCGGAUGCCAAGCAGUUGCCAUACCAGGCAGUGAUGCAAUCGGCCAGGAUGCUCUCGAUGGUGCAGCUGUAGAACUUUUUGAGGAUCUGGGGACCCAUGCCAAAUCUUUUCAGUCUCGUCAGGAGGAAAGGUGUUGUCGUGCCCUCUUCACGACUGUCUUGGUAUGUUUGGACCAUGAUAGUCUGUUGGUGAUGUGGACACCAAGGAACUUCAAACUCUCGACCCGCUCCACUACAGCCCCGUCAAUGUUAAUGGGGGCCUGUUCGGCCCUUCUUUUCCUGUAGUCCACAAUCAGCUCCUUUGUCUUGCUCACAUUGAGGGAGAUGUGGUUGUCCUGGCACCAUACUGCCAGGUCUCUGACCUCCACCCUGCAGGAGGAGAUCAGUUGGUUAACAUGCUAACAGCCAGACCUAGCUUCUACUAGUGCUAACAGGCUGUAGCCUGAACCAGUCUAUCAUUGUGAAGCUGUGAAAGUCUUCACCUGUGUGUCAACAUGUGCUCACCCGCUAGCGUUGUUAGCCCCUUGAGUAAACAGGGCGUGCUUCCUGAUUUAUUCAUUGACUAGGAACAUUUAUGAAGUCAUUAGCGUAUGUCACAUAUUAACAGGUCAGUGUCAGAGGAUGUAAUGAUCCUCAGAGCAGGUUUGUUGAAAUGUUGAUGAUGGAGGAUGAGUUUAGUCAAUUAGGUCUGGCUCUAAAUUUACUCUAUUCAUUGUGGGAAGAGAUAUAGUCAAACAGUUUUAGUUACAAAUGUAGAUCAUUCACACAGUUAAAGAGAGUAGGAGAGAGGGAAGGAGGGAUUGAAAGAAGGAAGGUAUUGUUCAGCCAAUAGCUGCAGGCCUUCUCAUUGUGUGUAGGCUACGUGAGUCCCCUGUGUGUUCAACAGGUGAGUAUAAUAUUAUAUCAUCCCUCUCCUGUCUGUCUGUCUGUCUGUCUGUCUGUCUGUCUGCCUGCCUGCCUGCCUGCCUGCCUGUCUGGGUGCGAGUGAGUGUGUGCCUGGGUGCGAGUGAGUAAGUGAGUGUGUGUAUACGUCUAUCUCUGUGUGUGUUAUGGGUGUGUUCAUGUGACGCAGGCACACAGAGGGAGUGGUCCUUCCUAAUGACGGCUCCAGGUGUGUUUAUGUGUGUUAAGUCCGAGAACCAGACUAACUGAAAGACAAAGACAAACAAUCCCUCGGUCAUUGAAAAACGACGGUCAAGGAGACAAUAGGAAACUAAAAAGACAGAUGAAAGAAAGUGGACAAGAUGGUGUUUGUGGCUUUCUGGUGAAGUUCUCAAAGAAGCUAAAGGCUUGUAGCCUGUCUGGACUUGUCGAGACAAAGGGGGAGACUUCCCCCAUGAAGACAACUUGGUACUGUCCUCUGGAUUUGUCUACUGUGUUGGAGGAGAAAGAGGACGGAGUGAUAUACAAUGUAGUGGUGAAGCAACAGCAUGGCGCCCCCACCAGUGCAACAUCCGGCUCUCGUUCGCAGUGUGUGAAGGCGGGAACAGAGGAGAAGCUGGUUCAGCACCUCCUCCACUCCUUCGCCAUGGGAGACUCCUCCUUCAUCACCAUCUUCCUCUCCACCUAUCGCUCCUUUAUCUCCACCAAGAGAGUGCUGGACAUCCUCAUCGACAGAUUGCAACAUCCACCAGGAGAAAGUACAAGGAGUCAGACUAGGCAACCCUUCAACAGAGCGGUGUGUAUGGUGUUCAGUAUGUGGCUGUCAGAGUAUCCUGAGGACUUCCGCUCUCUGGGAGAGCCUGGUGUUCUGCUGCGCCUGGCCCCCCUGCUGCCCUCCGACCCCUCUGGGACAGAGAUCAGGGGUCGCCUCCUCAGACUGGCAGAGGAGCUCAGUGAACAGGCCCUACUGCCUGACUCUAGUUCAGAUAGGACCAUCGCCAGCCCUCCUGUUGACCCCACUAAGUUUGAUCCCACCAAUAUCCUGGGCUUCCCUGCUGGGCUGAUUGCUGAGCAGCUCACCAAGAUAGAGAUGGAGCUGUUUGUGCGUCUGGUCCCGUACCACUGCCUGGGCUCCCUGUGGUCUCAGAGAGACAAGAAGGGCCGCGAGGGUGUAUGUUGGUCCGUCCGGGCCACUGUACGCCAGUUCAACCGGCUGGCCAAUGCCGUGAUGGCUUCGUGCUUGUGGCCCACGCAGCUCCGCAGCCAGCAGAGAGCCUGCCUCCUGGAGAAAUGGAUCAGCGUGGCAGAGGAAUGCAGAGCCAGGAAAAACUUUUCGUCUCUCUACGCCAUCGUGUCUGCCCUGCAGAGUAACCCAGUACACAGACUACGGAGGACGUGGCUAGAAACUGACAGGGAAGCAGUGAGGAGAUACGAGGAGCUGUCCAACAUUUUCUCUGAGAAGGACAACUACUCCCAGAGCAGGGAACUGCUGAAAGAGGAGGGCACUUCGAAGUUCGCCAACCUGGACGGAAAGAUGACCAACAGGAGACAGAUAGGGUCCAGUGCCCAGGGCACAGUACCCUACCUGGGGAUCUUCCUCACAGACCUCACCAUGCUGGACACGGCCGUCAAAGACAGACUAGAGAACGGCUACAUCAACUUUGACAAGAGGAGACGAGAGUUUGAGGUUUUAGCUCAGAUCCGACUACUGCAGUCCUCCUGUAAAAACUGUGUUUUCCUCCCCGACGAGGCAUUCCUACAGUGGUACCAAAGUGUACCCUCGUUAAAUGAAGAAGAAAGUUACAGACUGUCCAAUGAAAUUGAGGUGCCAUGCGAACCGAGCUCUGGUCGUACCCAGAACCCUACAGUCAUCAUCACACGGUGCCCAAACCUGAAUUCCUCCAGGACCAGCCUUGUUGCUGACAGUGACGGUCUUUUUGACUUCCCCUCCCCCGUCUGUCACUUUCUUUCCAAAUUCACCAAGCAUAUGAAAUCCCCCUCAGUUUCCUGUCUGGAUGUUGACUCCUCCCCUCCCACCAAUGACCCCAUCCCGUCUGCAUUGACACCAUCCACUCCCAUUAAAUCACAUCGUCGAUCAGUCUCCUGUGGCAACAAUCCCACCAAUAACAACAAAGGGUCUGAGCCUGAUAUGCGGAUUGUCAGGAUACGGAUGGAUUUACAAGAUGGGAAUAUGUACAGAAGCAUACUGGUGACAAGCAAUGACAAGACACCCACUGUGAUCAGUUCUGCCUUAGAAAAACACAGUCAGGACCCCAAACAAGCAUCCAGAUAUGAGCUGAUCCAACUAUUGCCCGAGGGAAAAGAGUUGGUCAUCCCUGCCACAGGAAACGUCUUCUAUGCCAUGACUUCCUCGAGUGUGGACUUCCUGCUGCGCAGACAAGGAGGAAACACCCCUUUUCGCUCUCAACCAAUCAGCACAGAAACUAGUGCCACCUUCCCUCGAAUCAAAGCCAAGGGGCGGAGACAGCUCUUCCCCAAAUAGGCUAUAUCUGAGACAUAAUUUGGCUAGUGCUUCUCAAGGACAGGACACGAUAAGAAUGCAGGCAGAUAUCUCAGUGAGAUGUGGCCUUGUCUUUCCUAAUCUUUUUCCGAAGUGGAAACACAUUCUGACCGAGCUUGUUCUAGCAAAAAUGUAUCCUGAAACCUGUCUGAACUUGUUUGAUGAACGUAUUCUUAUCUGGGACAUUUCAAUAAAUAUGCUGCCUGUUUGUGUACACCAGGGAAGUCCAUUAGUGUAGAAGGGUGCAUGUUACAACUGGAAAUAUACACCUAGAACAAGACCAAUGCAAAUCUUUAACAAAGUCUCUCUGACCAUUGGCAUCUCAUUUCCUAUUUAACCAAAUGGAAUAGCCUUGUAACCAAGAGCAACUGAGGAAUCCAAAUCAUCUUGAGUAUUUGAGGAAUGUGCCUCAGGUGCCAUCCUAGAAAUGAGUUGGUAGUAGAGAACUUCAUUAAAUCAAAGUAGUUAGGGUGAUAUGACCCUAUUUGAAUUGACCAUGACCACAACAAGUUUUACAUUUCUCCAUAGAGAGUGGAUACAAGCAAGAAUAUGAAUGACGGGGAGAGCACUGGGCUGACAUUAUGACGUAAUGCAUCUGAAUAAGUGACAGACAGAGUCACUGAAACCUCUCAUUAUAGCAAAGCACGGGGGCUCAUCAAAAUGUUUUAACUAUGUAUUUUGUAUGUAUGCAUCUGUUUUUUUAUGUAUGGACGAUGUCAUGAUUGUGUUUACAUUCCCAAGGAGCUAUCAACAAGUGUCUGAAUGACAUGUUAUUCAUUGUGAAGUGACAUGAAAUGUAUGAAAUUGCCUCAAACUGCAAUCAUUUCAAAUGGGUCAAGACGUGUCAAAGAUAUACAUGAUAAUUUCGCUUGGGCUUUCUGCAUACAUAUUGAAUGAUAGUUCUGGUAGUAUCUUGUGUAAAAUACAACACAUUUACAUAUACAGCCUUGCCACUCCCAUACAGAAUAUCGUCAUAUUUUGAGUACUAACCAUGAGGCAUAACAGCAUCAGCCCACAAACUCUAUCCUAAACAAUUCAUGUGAAGACACUAAUGAAAGUCCAGACUAUGUUGUGCGUAUUGAAAAUAUGUCUACCAUCGCACCUUAAUGCUAUACUUUUCUAAUACAGCAUAAGCUCAUCUUUAUCAAUGGUCUCUGAAUGGGUUUAGUUGGUAGUUGGAAUGGUAGUCUAUCUGAAGAAUAUUUCAUCCAGGACUCCCAAAGUCAGUCCUCAAAGACCCAGGCCAGGUUAGUGAGGGAUUCUCACCAAUCCCUGAGUGAUGUUUAAUUGAUAUUUUCUCUGACGUUUGAUAGAGAUCUGACAGCUAUUAAGGUUUCAUUAUGCAGUGUCUUUAGUCCAGGAACUGAAUGUAGUGGGUUUUGCAGAAGGCUCUGCUUCUAUCCAAUGAGGAUGAGACCAGUAGGAAGGAAAACCUGCACGCAUAAGGGCGCAUGGGGGACACGUUGUCGGAGGCCCGAACUGGUGAACUCUUGUGAACUCUGGCCAGUGCUGUUGAAGUCUCUACUAAGGCUGAAGCAUAGAUACGGUAGUUCCAGGGAGAGGAUUCUGGGUAACGUAAUUUGUUGAAGUGUUAGCGCCAGGCUAAGCUACUGAUUGUUUAGUGCCUUUCUCUCAUUGGUGCUUGAACCACUUAAAAGUGUCCCAAAUGUCACCCUAUUCCCUAUAUAGUGUAUUACUUUUCACCAGAGCCCUAUGUGACCUGGUCAAAAGUAGUGGGCUUAAUAGGGUGCUAUUUGACAUGAAGCCUAUGUGAUGUAUGUAUUGGCAUGUAACAGUACAUAUGAUGUACAUUCACAGUGCUGUAUAAGCUGGCAUGUUUAUGCACUAAAUAUGCCCUGUUGUUUUUGUGCGAUACAUUUCCUUUUUCUAUGCAUUUUGACGUGACAGUAAUAUGAGGAAUUUCUAUGCAACUCCCCGGAUGUGUGCUGUAAUUCUGCUGUGUCAUUUCUUAUCAAAUAAAUGUACAAAGAUGUACAUAUAAAAGA